GCGUUUCCUCUCGGACAGUUGAGAGGCAACCCGCGCAGGUGUGCAAGAUUAGCUGGAUAAAUUAAGGAAGCCGCAGGCCGCACAACCAGCAGUUAGAGAGGAGGCGUGGCCGAGAAUACGCAAGGGUGUUCACAGCCAACGGGAGCCGAUCUUCUACAUGAGCGAUCGACGUGCUUGGCCAGUAAGCGGGAGGUUUGUUGCGGAGUGGCCGCGCGACCCGAGAAGCCUAUAAAAGGAGGCCAGGCGGGAGCGUGCUUUCGCCCCCCGGAUAGCUGUGCGCCGUCGUGUCCGUUUGUCUGUCAGGAACUGCACGGGAGGGGAGGAGCCACUGUCGCCGCUGACGACAUCGGCAGAGACCGGCAGGCUCGCGACGAAGCUUUAAGGACCGGAUUCCGGUUCCUUCUGGGAAAGGCGAGCCGAGCGGCGUAUAAAAGUUCGAGGCAGCGGCGCACUCUGGGCUAGAGAUCAUGGCCGAGGUGGAGCACCAGUUUGGCGCCACCCAAAACGGGCACGAAGCGGCGGCGGCGGCGGCGGCCGAGGGAUCCGUGAGUGGCGGCGACGAGGAGCUGUUGCAGCCGGAGCAGCAGCUUGAAGAGGAGGAGGAAGAGGAAGAGGUGGUGGAGGCGGCGGUGGUGGUAUCCGAGGCCGGAGAGGAGGGGGACGGCGAGGGAGAAAGCGAGGAGGCAGGGCAAUCGGUAGCUUCUGCAGAAGCUAGCGGAAGCCAGAACGGAGCCGAAGGCGAUCAGAUCAAUGCAAGCAAGAACGAGGAGGAUGCGGGGAAAAUGUUUGUUGGUGGUCUCAGUUGGGAUACAAGCAAAAAAGAUUUAAAAGACUACUUUACUAAAUUUGGUGAAGUAACUGAUUGCACAAUAAAGAUGGAUCCUAAUACAGGCAGAUCAAGAGGUUUUGGAUUCAUUCUCUUCAAAGAAGCAGGAAGUGUUGAUAAGGUUUUGGAGCAAAAAGAACACAAAUUAGAUGGAAGAGUGAUUGACCCUAAGAAAGCAAUGGCAAUGAAAAAGGAUCCUGUGAAGAAAAUAUUUGUUGGUGGACUUAACCCAGAGGCAACAGAAGACAAAAUCAGGGAAUAUUUUGGAGAGUUUGGAGAGAUUGAAGCAAUUGAACUUCCAAUGGAUCCAAAGACCAAUAAAAGAAGAGGGUUUGUAUUCAUCACAUUUAAGGAAGAAGAACCAGUGAAGAAAAUAUUAGAGAAAAAGUUCCACAAUGUCAGUGGUAGUAAGUGUGAAAUUAAGGUAGCACAGCCAAAAGAAGUAUAUCAGCAGCAACAGUUUGGUUCUGGGGGCGGCCGAGGAAGAGGUGGAAGAAGAGGUCAAGGCAGUUCAAAUUAUGGGAAGGCUCCAAGACGUGGUCAUCAGAAUAACUACAAGCCAUAUUGAUCAAAAGUAUUCAGUAAAAUAAAGUUCCACAAAGGAAUCUUUCAAACUUUAGUCACAGACUGAAGAUGUGAAGUGGGGUUUUUCCCAGAGAUGAUGCUUUCUUCUGGAGGAGAAGCAGCCACGGGUCAUGAAACGGAUCAGAGUGACCCAGGAUGAAACUAGUUUCUUCAAGGUUGAAGCAAGUAGCAACAAGUGUGGCUAUAGUUGUGUUACCUUUCCAGAUUGGAAAUUCUUCCUACGUUCAUCCACAAGGUUUGUUCAAUUUCUAGGGCUGAAUCUUUUUUUUCUUUUUCGUUUUCUCUCCCUUUUCUGCCUGUGUCUAUGUGCAACGGGGUUAGAAAGUUGAAAGCUAAAAAGAUUGUCCAGGGAUGUUCUUUCUCCAUGCAAUAAAGCAAAUAUUUUCAGUAUGGUUAAUCCACACAUCAGCAUUAGCAGCAAGUGACAUCUAUUCCUGACUGUUUUAGAAUGUUGAAUGCUUCUGUGUUUCUGCAUGUGUGUAUGUGUGUGUAUGUGUGUGUUUGGUCUGUCUUGUGGCUCUCAGGAAUGUUCAUAUUUUAAAAAGUCCAUAGAUGACAAUAUCCAGUAUUAGAAGAUCAAUAUAUUACUGUUGAAAACAUUGUUUUUGUGACUUUUUCCUCUUUUUGUAUAAAAAAAAUAAUAAAAAUAGACAUUUAUCUCACUAUUA